AUGGCAACGAAAACUGAGACGAAAGAUCAAACUAUUACUUGGGAAAUCAUAUUCAAACUCUUUUUUAUUGGUUUCUUAAGUGCAGGUUUCACUGCAGCAGUAGCCGUUCCGGUGACUAUAAAAAUCGUCCAUUCUUCAUCAACGACAAUUACAAGCACAACAACACUUAGUACAGUAACAACAGUGACCACAUCAACCUCAACGAGUGUGACAACCACAACGACAAUAACAACGACGACAACAACGACUACUUCAGCAAUAUGCACGUAUCCAUGCAGAUGUACAGGAAUUUCUUCCUAUACUCUGUGGCAAAUAUUGACCAAUGAUACAAUUUCUAUGACUGUUGAUACUUCCAGCUGUAAUUUUUAUCAAACUCCGACUUACUUCACCAGUUUAUUUGGAACGAGUAGUCACUGGACAAUGAUAGGUUAUAAUGCUAUUUAUUCACCGGCAAAUAGUUCGUUUACGGUGCACCUGAGAUAUAUCGGCAGCCUUAGUUCAUCAACACUGUUGACUUACGCUUCCAACUACUUAUGGAAUGUGCAUUGGUUUGGCACAUAUAGCUAA